GAGGAGGACGUACUGCAUGAGAGCGGGGACGGUCGUACAGGCGACUGAGAUGGCAACUAAUCUCGUCUCCAAGUUAUUUCGUCCGCAUGUGUUUGCACAGCUGGCGUCUCUCCGGUCGGGUUGCGUGCCUCGGCUCCAGGCAGCGGGGAUCAGGCGUUUCUCCAGCGAUCCGCCACCGGAGAACAUCAGUCGCUAUCCAGUUCCGAACAAGAAAGACCUGCCUUAUGAUAUAGUGGAGCUCAUGGAGGAAGUUGAGUCAAAGGGAGGCUUUUUGCCCAAUGUCUUCAAAGCCCUUUCUCACAGACCAGCAGAGUUCAGAGCCUUCUUUGCUUACUACAAUGAACUAAUGAACAAAGAGACAGGUGGAUUGACCAAGGCAGAUCGUGAGCUGAUCGUAGUAGCUACCAGUAUCCACAACAAAUGUCUUUACUGUGUGGUUUCCCACAGUGCAUUGCACCGCAUCUACUCCAAGAAACCCACUCUUUCCGAUCAGGUCGUUGUUAACUAUAAGAAUGCAGAGCUGUCCCCUCGGGAGAGCGCCAUGCUGGACUUUGCGAUGGCUGUGUGUCGGAGCGAUACCAUUACAGAGCAGCAGUUCCAGUCUUUGGAGGAGGUGGGCUUUGACCGUGAGGAUGCGUGGGACAUCGCGGCCAUCGCUGCUUUCUUCGCCAUGUCCAACCGGCUCGCCCACCUCACGGACAUGAGACCAAACGUAGAAUUUUAUAACAUGGGCCGUAUACCAAAGGACAAGAGCAAGGACAAAGGGAAAGUGAAAGGGGAGUAGCAUAACGGACAAGAUUAUUUACAUUUUAGUAAAUGUCUCAAAUCAAUCAAUAGUCUCCCAAGUGUUUAUGCCGGCCCUCCACUUUGAGCAUAGCAGGUCAAAUUGAGGAUUUUGCAAAGCUCCCCUUAGUAUAUCUGCUGUAAAUGUAAAUUGUGCUCAUUAACAUGACAAAGAAGCAUUAGAGAGACCACCUGACUUUGAUUGUACCUUCCAGCGAGUGUGUUGCUGUAGCAUACAUGGUUUUGUUUGUGUCUUAAUCUAUAUCAUUUGUAAUUGUGUGACUUUGACAUUUGGAAUUUUAAGGGGCUCUGGUUGCCAUUUAGUGGGGAAAAGUUACUUUUUUUUGCAGCUGGUUAUCCAUUACAUUAAAUAUCCUAGUUGUCUUCUAACUUCUGUGUUUGUUUGUUAUGAAACAUAAUCACACCAAACUUAGACUGUCAAGCCAGCUCUUUAUAUCCUAGUUCACAAAUUAAGAGUGCUCUGUGUUGCUCAAUGCAUUGUUACUGUUACUACCAGGAAAAGUGUAAAUAAGUUACUAACAUUGUUCACAGCAAUGUAAGAUUGUGUACUAAAGUUUUAAAAUGAGAACUGCUUUCAAAGCCUUCCCUUUUAUCUUUAUAAUAAACUAUU